AUGUCGGGUCAGACGUUGACGGACCGCAUCGCCGCGGCGCAGUACACCCUGACGGGAUCCGAGGUGUGCCGAGCUGUGUGUAAAUCCACCACACAUGAACAGACGGCCCCAAAGAAAAAGCACUUGGAAUACCUGAUCCAGGCCACCCAGGAUACCAAUGUAAACGUUCCCCAGAUGGCUGACACGCUGAUGGAGAGGGCUGGCAAUGCCAGCUGGGUGGUGGUCUACAAAGCCCUGAUCACCACACACCACCUCAUGGUGCAUGGCAACGAGAGAUUCCUGCAGUUCCUGGCCUCAAGAAACACCUUGUUCAACCUCAGCAACUUCCUGGAUAAAACCGGCUCUCACGGCUACGACAUGUCCACAUUUAUCAGACGCUACAGUCGCUAUCUCAAUGAGAAGGCCUUCGCCUACAGACAAAUGUCUUUCGACUUCGGCCGAGUCAAGAAAGGAGCUGAGGGAGUGAUGAGGACCAUGUCAGUAGAGAAGCUGCUGAAAGGAAUGCCCACCCUGCAGAGCCAGAUUGACGCACUGCUGGAUUUUGAAGUACAUGCAAAGGACCUGAACAAUCAAGUGAUAAAUGCCUGCUUUCUCCUACUCUUCAAAGAUCUGAUUAAGUUGUAUGCCUGCUACAAUGACGGCAUCAUCAAUCUGCUAGAGAAGUUUUUCCAGAUGAAGAGAAGCCAGUGUAAAGACGGGCUGGAGAUAUACAAGAGAUUCCUGACACGAAUGACCCGUGUUUCUGAAUUCUUCAAAAUUGCUGAGCAAGUGGGAAUAGACAAAAACGACAUUCCUGAACUUACUCAGGCCCCAGAAAGUCUUCUGGAGUCCCUGGAGACCCACCUCAACACUCUGGAGGGGAAGAAGCCAGAGGAUAAGUCGCCCACCAAGGAUGCGACAGCCAACAACAGCUCGCCAGCUGCUGCUGCUGCUGCUGCUGCACCACCAGCUAAGCCCGCGCCUGCUCCAUCCGGCGGGCCCCCUGCUCGCCCCGGGCCACCUGCCAGACGUCCGCCGCCCCCUGUCACCCCCACAGCAGUAGCCCCCGCCAUCUCUACCAACAAUGCCCUUGAUGAUGGGUUCCUGUUGGAUCUAGAUCCCAUGUCCUCCUCGUCAGCAGGAGGUGCCGCAACGGCUUCCUCCAUAACUGGAUGGGGAGAUCUCUUGGCUGAUGCAACUCCGGCUGCCGCUGACAGUGCUUCUGAGGCUCUCCUGCCAGAAGGAGAAUCUGAUGCGGCUGAUGCAGAUGAAACUGCUGCUGCCCCUGCAGCUGCUGCUCCCACAGCCGCUCCUGCUACUGCUACUACUGCCGCUGCGGCCACACCAGCCCCCACCUCGCUGCCCAUCGCAGCCAUCACCACCACUUCAGCCGCAGACAUCGACCUUUUCGGAGAUGCGUUUGCACCUUCCCCAGGAGACGGUCCUGCUGCCGUGGCCCUGGGCCCUGCUGCUGAUGCAUUUGGUCAAUCUGACCCCUUCGCUACGACGGAGGGGAGUGCUGACAUUGCUCCAGAGCUGGACCUGUUUGCUAUGAGGCCUGCCGACACAGAGCCCGCCGUCGUCAUCCCUUCCACAUCUAGUGAGGCGCCGACCAUCGCUGCCCCCAUCGCUGCCCCCACCCCUUCUUCCACCACCACCACUACCACCACAACCACCACUGACACCACCACCACAGAGUCUGCAGCCGCACCGACUCUAGAUAUCUUUGGUGAUAUGUUUGAUUCUAUGCCUGAGCAAAGCCCUACCACUGAAUCCAAAGCUGCUACCACUCCUAGCGUAGACCUUUUUGGUGCAGACCUUCCUGCUGUUUCACGCGGGCCCUCUCCUUUGCCCGAGCCGACUUCGGUUGGAGACAUUGUGACCGACUCGUUUGCAUCUCCAGCUCCUGCUGCUCCUGCUGCUCCUCCUGCUGCUGCUCCUGCUGCAGCUCUAGUCCCAGAGGCCUCCUCUCCUCCCAAAGCAGAGCCCACACCAGUUAUUGACCUGCUGGACUCCUUCAGUGGUCCUGUGGAGGAGACACAGACCUCUGCACCUGGAGGGCCUGGAGAUGAUCUGCUGGGAGGUUUGAUGUCGCCCACGCUGGCUCCCACCUCUGCCCCUGCUCUGGCUCCAGCCUUGGCUCCAUCUCUGGUGCAGAAUGAUCUCCUGGAGUCAGGCUUUGACGCUCUGGGCUCGCUUCCCUGUCCAACACCUCCAGUACCUGCCGCAGUGUCAAUAGUACCAAUAGUACCAAUAGUACCAACAGCAGCAGAACCUGCAACCAUCACACCAGCACCCUCUGGUGGCUUUGAUGCUUCAAUGUUUGGUGGAUUAGGUGACUUGCUGAUGCCCGCCAUAACGCCUCAGAGCACCGGGGGAAGCACUACUGGGAGCACAUCAGGAAGCAUUGGAGGAGGCAUUGCAGCUGCUCCACCCGCCACCCCACCUGCUACCAAAACCAUCGGAGGAGAUCUGGAUUCAUCACUGGCCAACCUGAUCGGAGACCUUGGAGUAAAGAAAAAGGACCCUAUGAGUGAGAAGAAACUGACAGGAGGAGCCAACUGGACACCCCAUGUAGCCCCCACAAGUUGGGGUACAACAGGAGCCCCCAUGGCUGGUGCUGCCCCUGGAGCUCCUGGGGCACCAGGAGUAGCUCCACCCGUUGGAGCCAUGGUGCCACCAAUGAGUGCACAGCCUGGCUUCGGCAUGGCUGCUGCAGGAGGCCCUGGAGCUCCCAUGAUGAAGCCCAUGAUGGGGCAGCCUCUAAUGGGGCAGCCUCUAAUGGGGCAGCCCAUGAUGAGACCUCCCUUCACUGGGGCUGCUGCACCAGGAGCACCGCUUUCUGCAGGACCUACAAGCCAGAGUCCCAAAAAGCCCAAGGAUCCUCUGGCAGAACUCGACCUCAAGGACUUCUUAUAA